AUGGGACUACCUAUUCUCCUCGUGAUACACCUUCUUUUCGCAGGUCAUCACUGGGUCGCAUCGGACACCAUCGAACCGGGUCACUUCUGCAACGUUUGCGGCACAGAUGUGUUCAACGGCUUCCAGUGCGACUACUGCGGCAUCAUCGUCGAUGGCCUGUGCGUGCCACCUGCCGAGGUGUCGUUGCCAUGCAAAGCUCUUUCCAGUCGGUCCCCGGUCAAUCAUCAUUGGGUAAGUUGGUUCACGGCUCACGGAGGUUCAAGUUUACAACUAACCGGACAGCUUAGAGCCAAUAAAUCUGCCAUUCUUUAUUUUGAGCAUUAUGAGAUUAAGUUACGCGCUGCAUGUUGGAGCGUUCGUUCCUUUACUUACGAAGGUAAAGAAUGGACGCUUGACCAGUUAGAUGAUGUGCGGGGGGAGGGAUUGUGAAC